CAUUUUUCUCGACGGCUGCGGCUGUGGAGCGGUCUGUGCGAGGAAGUGCGACAGAAAAAGAAUGUGCGUGUGCAUCGGCAGCGGCACAUGCAUCAGUAUUUCCUCAGGUGAUCGCUAUUUCUCCUUUCUCCUUCUGUGGUUUUGAGCCAUUUUGACCGCGAACGUUCGCUGCAGGAUGUGUAUAACUCCCGCCAUCAUCGUGCAGCUGCUAUAUCUGAUCUCGUUUUGUCUGUGCUGUAUCGGAUCCCUCGGUGCCUUCCUCGCGAGACCAAUCGGCCUCACAAACGUCCUCACGAGCAGAAGAAGCGCGAGGGCAGCAACGUUCCUCAGCGACGUGCAAUCGCCUGCCGACGCCCGGAGCCCAUCUGCCCACUCGCCGCCCGCAUCACCUGUGCCGCCGAAUCCCCCACAACAAUCGGAGGUACAGGAGCGUGUGGACACCGUCCGCGAUGUCAUCUUCUCGCGACGCAACUGCCGCACAUUCCUGCCGAAAGAGGUGCCACUUGAGGUGCUGACCGACCUCAUGACUGCCGCACAGCGGGCACCAUCUGGCUUCAACAUGCAGCCGUGGGUGUGCAUUCUGGUGCGCGAGGCGUCGGUGAGGGAGCGGCUGGCGGCGACUAUGCUGGGCGAGAAGAACCGCUCGAAGAUCAAGGAGGCGCCUGUGGUGGCCGUGUUCUGUGCUGAUCUGGGUGAGUGAGUGGGAUCGGGCAAGCCAAACAGGGCAUGUGUGCAUCUGUGUGUCUGUGUGUUUCAGAGAGUCAGCGCCAGAUGCCACGCAUUGUGGCCCUGAUCAAGAAGGACCGCGAGAGGCGGCUUGCCUAUCGCGCCACACAGGCAUCGUCAAAGUCACCGCAGAAGCCGCCCGCCAAGAGCAAGUCAUUGCAGCGGAUACCCUUCUAUGUCAGCCUCUUCGCCGGCGCCUUGCGAGGGUGGCUCAUCCGCUACCUGUGGUUUCUCAUUCGGUACGUAAUCUUUGCUGUGCUGCGGGUGUUCCAGCCCCUUCCCGUGCCGUCGAUGGCCGAGACCUGGGCCUACAAGAACACCAUGCUGGCGGUGCAGACCUACAUGCUGCUCGCAUCGGCCUACGGGCUUGGCACAGCACCGGUGAGCUGAGCGGGCAGCUGAUAUAGAGAAGGCCGUUACGCAUGCACACAAUCAUCAGGUGAGGUGACUGACCUGUGUGUUGUGUUGUGUGUGUAUCAGAUGGAGGGUUUUGACAUGGUGCGUUUGCGGCGGGUGCUGAUGCUGCCUGACCGCUUCAGCGUGCCUCUGGUGGUGGCGACGGGCUACCCAGCCGACGCCCCCAUCAGCCGCACCUACCCUCUGCUCAGCGGCCGGCUGCCGAUGGACGAACAGGUGAUCCACGCAGAUACGGACACACCCACACCCACCCACACACACAGAGCUCAUGUGCCGUUCGGUCUUUGUGCCGGGUGCAGGUGUUCUCUGACUUCUACGAUCGAAGGCUUGCGAUCUGACCUCAGCUGUCUGUCAAGCGGCAGGGUGUGUCAGCGACGGUUUGGCCCCUGGUUGGUUUCCACAGGGUUGCAUGCCUUCAUACAGGCCAUGUUUCCUCGUGUAGCCUCAAUCCGGCCGGCCACAGAGCAUCGCUGACACCUCUAGCCAGCUCGCUUAGCAGCUAUGUAAUCAUGGCGUCAGGCCAUAUCUAUGAGUAUGUAGACUAGUAGCCAGCACGUAUAUAUAUACCAGCACUGUAGCUGUAAGGCAGUGCAGCUUGGUUGAUAUGAUAUGGCGAGUGAGUAGCGGCAGGCAGAGAAUUCGCACAUUUGUACAGGGCGGGGGUCGUUUCAUCGUAGGGUGUCUGGUUGUCCAUUGUCCAUGGUCGGAUGCGUAGCGAGCAAACCGACAGACAGACAACUAACACACACACGGGAAAUCCGAAAGCCUAUAAGUCAGAGUCCACAGUGAUGACAAAAA